AUGGCCCACUCGGUCUUCUCGGCUUUGAUACUCCGAGCCAUUCGACACCCUUGGACGACCAUUCUCGCGGCGACAACUUUAGGCUACCUGUCCUUCUACUGGAGUGAUUACACUCAGUCCUUUUCAGAUUCAACUCUCUCCAAGCCUUCCACCCUGAUCACCCAUCAAAGCUCCCCAAGUCAUCACAGCACCAAAUCAUCACGCGCACACUUGGCACCUUUGAGGAAGCGUGCUGGAUCAAACUCGGCUAAUCCUCAAGGCCAAAACUAUGGGACAAAUGAAGGUCAAACAUCUUUGUAUAAUUCAAAUAACAUGCAAACCAACAAUAACAUGAACAACAAUAACAUGCAAAAUAACAAUAACCUGAAUAACAAUAACCUGAAUAACAAUAACCUGAAUAACAAUGACAACCUAUAUAACAAUAACAUCCCAAAUAACAAUAACCUGAAUAACAAUAACAUGGCAAAUAACAACAACUUGGGAAGUGACAACAACAACCUAAAUAACAAUAACAUCCCAAAUAACAAUAACCUGAAUAACAAUAACAUGGAAAAUAACAACAACUUGGGAAGUGACAACAACAACAACAAUAACUUGGGGGGAAACAAUGACUUUCCAAACAACAAUGGCUUGGGAAAUUACGGAAACAGUAGGCUCCCCAGUUUUGGCCAAUUUCCACCUCUGGAUCGCCAAUGCAAGGCAAUGCCAAUGGAAGAAGCAACAUGGAAAACACUUCAGAUGGAUGACUACAUGCAAAAACUUCCAGACGGAAAUACCAUGAGUCUAGAAGCUUUUGCCGUAAAGAUGAACUAUACAAAUUUUAUAUGUGGGAUCGGAGCAAGUUGCUGGGCCGGUCAACCGUGCUAUCCUUUGGGAUUAAAGGAUUUCUAUAUCCUGUAUAGUGUACAGCAAUAUAACACAUAUAUGAACAUCUACGCUGAUGCAGUGGGGUAUGGGAUUGGACUUGUUCAAUCAACCAUAAAUGCGCUCAUUGCAUCACUAUUUCCAGCUCAAGAUACCACAAUGAUAAAAAACAUGAAAGCUAACAUGGGUGUACAAGCAGCAUUUUCACAGGUCACAGGAGCUGUCCUACUUGAUUUGUUCACUGCACUCACAGCUGCAACUGGUCCCAUUGGAAUGGCUUUCAAUGUGUUAGGUCAAGUCAUAGUGGCGGGAAUGGCUACAGUGGCAGUUGUUAUCCAAGAGCCACCUGGCCCCUUGAAAGAUGGUUUUGAUCAAUGGUCCAAUGUUGCCUAUUACCUGACACAAUAUCAGCAGUUGCUACGCAAACAAAUUGACGAUACUUUGAAGAAACGCAUUCAGUCGGGUAUCAGCACAGACGAAGGCAUGUUUGGAGUCAUCAAGGGAGGAACUUUUCUACCACCAGCUCAAAUGAUCAAUUUACCCGACUUCACAGAUCGGGUGAGAAAUAUCACUACAGCAAUGGGAAUAAACCUAAUCUUGAACAGAUCUGGAUGUCAAGAAAAGGGUUUAAAUGGUGCCUCUGAAGAUCCAAGCAGAAUAUCAUACUGUAGGAAACCUGGUGGCACGAUGUAUAAUUUGUUCAUUUCUCAUGGAGACGACGCAUUUUGGCAAAUCGAAAAUGGGCAGGUGAUCCAGGAAAGCUUUGGAUACAGUCCUGAACUCAUCAUAAUGUCUUCAGUUAGAUGCCAGAAAUUGAACAGAGGAUACCGUUACUCUCCAUGGGCUGAUGGGAAAUCAACCCCUCAAGAUGUCACAGAUACCUGUGUUUUUAACCUUCCAGUAUGUUUUCUUGAUCAUAAAGAUACUAGAGAUAGGAUUAGCAGGGACCACAAGCGAUUUUCGCCGGGCAAAGCAUGUAAAAUGGAGGGCAUGCCAUUGAUGUAA